AUGUCGUCCACCGCGACGUCCAUUUUCCAACCCUACCUCUCCCCCUCCCUAUCGGCCUUGCUAGCCGAGUACCUACCGGCCUCCAUCCCCGUGGACACUUUGAGCCGGACACCGCCCGCCCGCCUCGAGCGCACCGCGCUGCCCAACAUCGGGCUCAUCGAACUCGUCUCCGCGGACGACUUCCAAGCGCUGUACGACCCGCUGUACGUGCACAGUUUCCCGCGCGCCGCCGAGAGGGAACGGUCCGAUUUGAUCGUCGAGCGUCUUGCGGCCCAGGCACGGGGCCAGAGGAAAGGUCUGGCGCCCUAUCGGAUCGUGGGGAUCCGGGACCACCAGGGGCAGGCGAUUGGGGCGGCUCAGUUCAGCGUCCUGCCGGUCCCUCCGCGGAUGAGCACGACUGAUAUUACUGGCAGUGCCGCCGCCGACGACAAUGGAGGCGAUGGCGAUGGCGAUGGCGAUGGCGAUGGCGACAGCGACGACGGCACCCGGCUAGGGGCGAAAUACGCCGUCCCGUAUCUGCAAUACAUCUACGUCCGCGCGCAGAACCGCCGGCAAGACAUGUCCGAAGUGCUGCACACGAUGGUGCUCGCCGUUGCCGCGGCGGAUGCCGCGCUGAUGGACGCCGAGGAUCGAGCAGAAGACCUCGACCGAGGCCCCGAACCCGACCCUGACCCUACUACUGCUUCUUCUUCUUCCUCUUCCGCCGCUGAUUCGGAUCCAGCCAUGCGACGAAGAGCAAGGACCGUGCCCUUUACGCUCUUCGAGACCGAACCGCCCGACCACGGCGACGACCACGCCAGCCGGGCGUACGCCUUGGAACGGUCCAAGAUCCACACCUCGACGGGCGGCAUGGCGCUCGUGCUGCGACGCCCGCGACGACCCCAACAGAACGUUCCCGAUUCUGAAGAUGAUGAUGAUGAAAUCCUCAGCGCCCACGUCCAGCCGGGCCUAGAGCCCUCCGACCCGCCCCUGACACUCGUGUGGAUCAUCCGUCCGUCCCCAACCUCCACGCCGGGCCAGGACUACGACUUGACAAGGCUCGGAAAGGCCCUCGUCGCCGCAUACUACCAAUCUCUAAGGGACGAAGGGUUUCCGCCCCAAAACAUCGCUCUGGCCGAAAGCAUCGUCGCGCAGAGAUGUCGGGGUGGUAGUGUCUUUCAGCUGAUGCCGUUGGCGGACGUCAGGGACUUUAGCGCGGACAACAAGGGGAAUCUGGAUAUAAAAGAGUGGAGUAAUUGA